GCGUUAGGAAAAGGAGGGCAUUUCCGGCUCCGGUGUCAUGGCGGACUCCUACUCUGAAGGUGUGCCGGCAGUUCGCAACGGAAAGAGGGAGCAGUUCGGGAGCCGGUUCUUGAGCGACCCGGCGCGCGUCUUCCACCACAAUGCCUGGGACAAUGUGGAGUGGUCAGAAGAGCAGGCCGCGGCAGCGGAGAAGAAAGUCCGGGAGAACAGUGCUGCCCCGCGAGUGCCCCAGGAGAAGCAAGUUGAUUAUGAGAUCAAUGCCCACAAAUACUGGAAUGACUUCUACAAAAUCCAUGAAAAUGGGUUUUUCAAGGAUAGACACUGGCUUUUUACUGAAUUCCCAGAGCUGGCACCUAGCCAAAACCAAAAUCACUUGAAGGGUUUGCUGUCAGAGGACAAGAGGAGUGAAAUACCUGCGUGUAGAAGCAGUGAGGAUGGACCUGGUUUAACAGCAGAAGAACAGCACAAGUGUUCUUCGAGCAGCCUUAGAGAUAAAACACAGGUGUCUUCUGUGGAGAAGAACGUAACUCAGGAGCUCAGUCACCUGAGAAUUUGUGCUGAUGAGUUUCCUGGAUCCUCAGCAACCUACCGAAUACUUGAGGUUGGAUGUGGUGUAGGAAACACGGUCUUUCCAAUUUUACAAACUAACAAUGACCCAGGGCUCUUUGUUUACUGUUGCGAUUUUUCUUCGACAGCUGUGGAACUGGUCCAGUCACAUUCAGAGUAUGAUCCUUCUCGGUGCCUGGCCUUUGUUCACGAUCUGUGUGAUGAAGAUCAGAGUUACCCAGUGCCCAGGGACAGUCUCGAUAUCAUCAUUCUCAUAUUUGUUCUUUCAGCAAUUGUUCCAGACAAGAUGCAGAAGGCUAUCAACAGGCUGAGCAAGCUUCUGAGGCCCGGAGGGAUGAUGCUCCUGCGAGAUUACGGCCGCUAUGACAUGGCGCAACUUCGGUUUAAAAAAGGUCAGUGUCUGUCUGAAAAUUUCUAUGUGAGAGGUGAUGGCACCAGAGUUUACUUCUUCACACAAGAUGAACUGGACACACUUUUCACUGCUGCUGGGCUGGAGAAAGUUCAGAACCUGGUGGACCAUCGGCUGCAAGUCAACCGGGGGAAGCAGCUGACAAUGUACCGAGUUUGGAUUCAGUGCAAGUACCGCAAGCCUCUGUUGUCCAACACUGGCUGAGGCGCCUGCUCCUGACACGACCAGAGCUCGCUGUGCGCCUGGCCUUGAAAGAACAUCCAUGAAUCGUGCUUUGUUGGUGUUGGACAGCUGAAGGAUUCAAACAGACUCAAGCCUUGAACCUAGGGAAAAUUACUUUUUAUCAAGAUUCUAGCAAUUUAACUGUGCUUUUUAUUUGUGAAGCCCUUUAAUACAUACUUUUCUCAAAGAAUUUGUCGUACUAUUCUGUAGCUAAUAACUGAAAUUUUAUUCAUGGGAAUUUUAAAUUUAAAAAGCAUCAAGAUUCAUUUCUAUGUGGAAGUAUUAUAUAUGAUAAAGUGUUAUUUGAUGGUAUAUGGCAUUAAAUUAUUUGGGAAUUCAGAUACCUGGAUUAGGCAGUUGCAGUUGGUAAAUAUAUAGAUGAAUAAAAGUUUUAUUAAGUGGUGGGGGAAGCAAGUUGAGAAGAAUCAUAUUUGUCUUUGGAUGUUUUCCUGACUCAACAAUAUCCCUUUAAAGAGCUUCAAAAUGAGGUGUUCUUGUUUAGUAUGUGGUCGUGGUCUCUGCUUAAUCUUAAUA